AGUUUCUAUCCACUGCCCCAUCCCUUGUGCCUGGGAUGUAUGUAGACUUAGUCUGUUGGGUUUUUGUAACUCAUAAGCGAAUUGUCCAAACUCCUGGUAGCGCUGAAUCUCUGGAUCUGCUAUGUUACAGUUCCUCUGAAAUUUGAGCCUCAGCCACAUGGGGCUGAGCUUAGAGCUGUCCUGGGACUCAGAGAGAUGGCCUGGAAGCGUCUCAUCAGUGGAGGACAGAGCAUGGGACCAGAGGGAGUGGGGCCCUGCUGAUUGGAAGGACAGGCCCGCGGGCCACCCUCACCAGAAGCACAGGUCUGCGGGGCUCCCAGGCUGCUUCCCAGCACCCCCGGGGCAUGGCGUCCGCCUGGCCAAGGCUGCGCUUCUGUACUUCACUUCUCACAAGGCGGCUGCGUGGUGGCCUGGAUGUCACCGCGUGGGAACAAAAAGUGAUUCCAAGAUGGACCAGGACAAUUUACAGCGCCACCGGCAAGUGGACGAAGGAGUACACAGUGCAGACGAGAAAGGCGGUGGAGAAAUGGUGGCAUCAGCGGAUAAAGGGACAGGAUUCCACAAUUUUAGAGACAGAUAAAUCAAAGCCCAAGUUUUACCUGCUUUCCAUGUUCCCCUACCCUUCGGGCAAGCUGCACAUGGGCCACGUGCGUGUCUACACCAUCAGUGACACCAUCGCCCGGUUCCAGAAGAUGAGAGGGAUGCAGGUCAUCCACCCUAUGGGGUGGGAUGCAUUUGGGUUACCUGCUGAGAAUGCUGCCAUAGAGAGGAACUUAGACCCGCAGAGCUGGACGCAAAGUAACAUCAAGUACAUGAGGAGCCAGCUUGACCGACUGGGCCUGUGUUUCAGCUGGGAUAGGGAAGUCACUACAUGUUUGCCGGAUUACUACAAGUGGACGCAGUACCUCUUCAUUAAGCUCUAUGAAGCCGGACUGGCCUAUCAAAAGGAAGCCCUGGUCAACUGGGACCCCGUGGACAAGACGGUGCUCGCCAAUGAGCAGGUGGACGAGCAUGGCUGUUCCUGGCGCUCAGGCGCGAAGGUGGAACAGAGGUUCCUCCGGCAGUGGUUUAUCAAGACAACUGCAUAUGCAAAGGCCAUGCAGGACGCACUGGCCGAGCUUCCAGAGUGGUACGGGAUCAAGGGCAUGCAGGCCCACUGGAUUGGGGACUGCGUGGGCUGCCACCUGGACUUCUUGCUGAAGGUGGAUGGGCGUGACACCAGAGAAAAGCUGACCGCCUACACAGCUACCCCAGAGGCCAUCUAUGGUGCUUCCCACGUGGCCAUCGCCCCUUGCCACAGCCUCCUGCAUGGGCACAGCUCUCUUCGGGAAACCUUGUGUAGGGCCCAGGCACCCAGCAAAGAUUGUCUCACUCCUGUGGUGGCUGUGAACAUGCUCACCUGGCGGGAGGUCCCCGUUGUUAUCCUGGCUGAAGCUGACCUCGGAGGCUCUCUGGAUUCCAAAAUAGGAAUUCCCAGCACCAGCGCGGAGGAUGCCCACCUGGCCCACGCCCUGGGCCUGCCCUACUCCAGUGUUAUCGAGACCCUGCCUGAUGGCACAGAGAAGCUGCGCAGCUCCGCCGAGUUCACAGGUCUGACCCGGCAGGAAGCCUUCCUGGCUGUCACCCAGAAAGCACGGCAGAUGCGUGUGGGUGGUGACGUGACAAGCAACAAGCUGAAGGACUGGCUGAUCUCAAGGCAGCGGUACUGGGGUACCCCGAUCCCCAUCAUCCACUGCCCAGCCUGUGGCCCGGUGCCCGUGCCCCCCGAGGACCUUCCUGUGACUCUGCCCAGCUGCAUGUCCUUCACAGGCAAAGGCGGCUCCCCGCUGGCCACUGCUUCCGAGUGGGUGAACUGCACCUGCCCGAGGUGCAGAGGAGCAGCUAAGAGAGAGACAGACACAAUGGACACCUUUGUGGACUCCUCCUGGUACUACUUCCGGUACACGGACCCCCACAACCCUCACAGACCUUUUGACUCUGCGCUGGCAGACUUCUGGAUGCCUGUGGAUUUGUACGUCGGUGGGAAAGAACAUGCGGUCAUGCACUUGUUCUAUGCAAGGUUCUUCAGUCAUUUUUGCCAUGACCAAAAAAUGGUCAAACACAGGGAGCCCUUCCACAAGCUACUGACGCAGGGCAUCAUCAAGGGACAGACGUUCCGCCUGCCGUCCGGACAGUACCUGCCACGGGAGCAAGUGGACCUCACAGGUUCUGUUCCUGUUCAUGCGGAAACAAGGGAGCCACUGGUGGUGACCUGGGAGAAGAUGAGCAAGUCCAAGCACAAUGGUGUGGACCCUGAGGAGGUGGUGGCGCAGUAUGGCGUGGACACAGCCCGGCUCUACCUGCUGUUCGCCGCACCGCCCGAGAAGGACAUCCUGUGGGAUGUGAAGACGGAUGCGCUCCCAGGGGUGCUGAGGUGGCAGCAGCGGCUGUGGAGUCUGGUCACCCGCUUCAUCGAGGCCAGGGCUGCCCGCGAGGACCCACAACCUGCGCCACUGAGCAGCAAGCAGAAGGCGGAGGCCAGGAGGCUCUGGGAGUACAAGAAUGCCGUCAUAGCCCAGGUGACCGACCAUUUCACAGAGGACUUCUCCCUGAACUCCGUGAUCUCGCAGCUCAUAGGACUCAGCAACGCCCUCUCGCAAGCCUCUGCGCGAGUUCUCCACAGCGCCGAGUUCGAGGACGCGCUCUGCGCGCUGCUGGUGAUGACUGCCCCGCUGGCCCCGCACCUGGCCUCCGAGCUCUGGGCAGGCCUGGCACUGGUACCCCACAAACACUGUGCCCACUACACCUGGGAUGCCGACGUGCUGCUGCAGGCCUGGCCCACCGUGGACCCGCAGUACCUCCAGCAGCCUGCCGUGGUGCAGGUGGCCGUCCUGAUCAACAACAAAGCCUGCGGCCAGAUCCCUGUGCCACAGCAGGUGGCCAGAGACCAGGACCGGGUCCAAGAGCUGGUUCUGCAGAGCGAGCUGGGCGCCCGGCUGCUGCGCGGGCGGAGCAUCCAGAAGGCCUUUCUGUCCCCCAGGACAGCCCUCAUCAACUUCCUGGUGCAGGAGUGACAGCGGGCGAUCCUGGGUUGGGGCACUCAGCUUUGUUCUGGACAGGCUGGAGUCAUGAGGCUGCAGGGCGAGACCCAGCAUAGGGAGAAGGUGAGCGGACGUGGCAGUGCCCCAGCCCCGAGCCCUGCCUGGGAGGCACAGCCGCCCAGCCCCAGGUGAAGACACAGGAGGGUACAGGACGGAGCAGCACGGGGCUGGGCAAGUGCCCGGGGCUCCAGGUCCUGUGGUGGUGCCCCUUGCUGUGUCCCCAGAGCUGAGGUAGCCUGAAGAACCUUGCUGCUCAGGAGCGGUGUGCUUGCCACUGUGACCCACCAGGAGCUUCUCGGGCAGCCAGCGGUGUCCCCGCCUCCCAGCUACUGAAAACAGCUGUCAGGGUCAGUCAGUGUCCAGGGCGUGGCUGUGCACCCAGGACCAGAAGACAUGCCGCUGAUCCACACACCAGGGGUGCCGGCACUGCCGCCACCUGCUCACAGGCCUCUCCUCCCGCCCCAGCUGGACGCCAGCUGACCAGACACGGACACGCAGCAGACGCUAGAAAGAGCCUCGCUGCUCCCAGGGCCGUCCCAGCCACUGCCAGGCAGUGACAUUGGCUGCACAAAGAGGUGGAACUAGCUGCUGCCCAGUGCCAGCCCAAAGGACUGGGCCCCCGAUACAGUGCCCACACCAUCCACAUGGCCCCAGAGCCAAGUAUGACAGUGAGUGUGCAGCUGCCGGCUGUCACCUCCAGUGUCCAAGCCACUGCAGAGUGGCUGCUGGGGACAGCCAGGAACAAACUCCACUCUAGGAAGAGGCCAGUUCUGGUCUCACGUGCCGUUGGCAACAAGGUGCUCUUACCGGAACUGCCUAAGCCACUGGCGCAUCUUUGCUGGACGGCCUGGGGCGGGGUGGAGGUGGUGUCAGGUCUGCCGGACCUCUGCUGUUCUGUUCUCUGAAGCAGUGCUGCUGCAGUGCCCAGAGCCCAACAGUAGGCACCGUGCUUGGGGAGCUAUGGUCUCAGGAUCACCGUCCUCCGUCUGCUCUAGGGGCUGCUCGGGGACUCACGGAGCCCCCCAGCACCAUCAGAAGUGUGGGCAAAAAAAAGACCACACUGGCUUUGGGCUGGGGAGAUGGCUUAGUGGAAAAAGUGCUUUCCUGGCAAGCACAAG